AUGAACACGCCGAUUGCAUACGGUGAGCCAGCCGCCUUCUGCUUACUGCGACCGUUCCGAGUCACAGAGCUAGAAAAGAGAAUAGAUGGUCUGGUCACCCUGUUCCAGACCCAGCAGCAGUCAGGGGAGGGCCAAGGGUUGCCGGCAACCGGCCCCAGCCCUAGUAGCGAGGACCCGCGCUUAAUGCCAUGCACCGGGUUGACUAUACCGGGCGUCACCCAUCCAGUGAGCACGGACGCGUCUCCGAGUAUCAACAGCGCGGCAAGUGUCCAAGACUGCCAAUCUAUGCCGACGCCAGAGGCUGCUUUUGCCAGCGGGUCCUAUCAUCUCCUGCCUGGGUUCCUCAUCACGGCCGAGAAGGCUGAGGAAUAUCUCUCCAUCUACCGGACGCGUCUCGUCCCCAAUUUUCCUUUUGUACCCAUCGAGCCUGAAAUCACGGCGAGAGAUCUCCAUAACCAGAAACGGUUUCUGUUCUGGUGCAUCAUGCAAGCUGUUGUGCCCCAAACAGCUUCGGUACAGAAGGCCGUCGAUGAUUGGGUCCGCAAACAUGCCGCCAUGCACAUCAUAGUUAAUAAGGAGAAGAAAAUCGAGCUGCUCCAAGGUCUCAUCGUCUAUAUCGCCUGGGGUGACGUCCAUCUGCAGAUGGGCAUCAACGCGAAUACACUCCUCCAACUCGCCAUCGGCCUGGUCAUGGAUAUGACCCUGUACACUCUCGCGGGCCCAGUGAGCUGGAUGCCCAAAACUUUGUUGAAGGAUGCGUGGGCAGUCUUGGGGCGGAGCGGAAAGCAGUUCGAGGCACCCAAGCCAACCCUUGAGGAGCAAAGAGCGAUUCUGGGCGGCUACUUUGUUGCUGUUCCCGCCGCCAUCAGAAGACACUCGCAGGUCCAGUACACGCCUCCAAUCGCACGAUGUUUCAAGGGCAUCCGCGAGGCAGACGCUUUAUCGACAGAUCAGAAUCUCCUGGCCCUCGUGCGCAUGCAACAUUUGGGGGACCGCAUUCGUGCGACUUUCCCGAGUCCGGACAGAGAGGAGGGAGAGCCUCUGCCCCUAUUCCGGGAACACUUUGGUGCCGUGCUGGCAUCGCUCCGCAAGGAGGUCUGCGCUCUCAAGACCGAAGAACCUGCCAUCAAGAAGGAAAAUCCCAUGAUUUGGGCACACUACAGGGCAUUAAUGGUCCGACUCUACGAACCCAGCAUCGGCAUGCGCGGCGCCAGCCCCUCCGAGGCCCUGUCCGCCACGGAGCCGUGCAGCCGGACCGAAUCACUCUGGUUCUGCCUGCAGGCGAUCCAGAGCGCCCAGGACGCGCUGCUCGCCAUCCCCGCCGACACUUUUGCGUAUCUGCCCUUCAACACCGUCGCGGACAUUGCCCACACGAUGAUGGCCUCGCAUCGGCUUCUCCUGGAGGACUCGGCGAGCGACUGGGACGUGAUGCUGGCGCGGCAGAAGCUCGACCUGCCCGGCAUUGCCCGGCGACUGGCCGACCGGUUCGAGGAGGCGGACAACGUGGCGCUGAUUGUCGGGCAAAAGAGGCGCAUCUUUGAGGACGAGAGCUCGCGGUGGGCAAACUACGCGUACCGGGCGAGAUGGGUUCGUCAGUGGUACCUGAACAAGGUGGUCGGGCAGCCGCCGCAGGAGCAGAUUGCGAUGACGGAGCAGCAGCAGCAGCAGCAGCAGCAGCAACAGGCGCCGUCGCAUCCGCAGAUGAUUGCGCCCGACGGGAUAAUAACGGAUCUGAACAUGUCUUUGUUCGGGGGCAUGGCGAUGGACCAGUCGUUUUGGGAUAUUAUGAUGCUGGAUGGGCCUGGGCAGAUGCCCGUGGACGCGUCCGUGCUGUUACCGGACCAGCCCAUGUUGCCCGCCAUGCAACCUUCCUAG